AUGUAUGAAAAGGAAACCCUUUUACCGCAUUCGCAAACGACGGGCUUGCAUGUCCGCCCAAGGCCACUCUGGUUAACAUUCGCUCAUGUCGCAGCAUUUUGUUUACUUGCGAAGAUCUCGUUUGAUGCAUUCAUUUCGCCCUCUUUUACGAGCCACGAUGGGGCGGAGCUUCUCUCAAAAUGCCCCCAAGUUGAGCCUUUAUUUCCAAGCCAGGAUACUCCUGAGCUCUCAAAAAUGGAUGCAUACAUCGCAUCACCCAAGUUUGUAAACGAAACAGCGGCCCGCAUGGCUGGUGCAAUCCAGAUUCCAUCGCAGUCAUAUGAUGACUUGGGGCCCGUGGGAGAGGACAAGCGAUGGGACGUCAUGUUUGAUCUUGCGGAGUACCUUGAGAAAACAUUCCCGCUUACUCACACGACACUGAAACUGGAGAAAAUCAACACGCAUGGCCUUCUAUAUACUUGGCAGGGGUCCAAUGAAGACCUCAAGCCUACUGUCUUCAUGGCCCACCAAGAUGUAGUUCCGGUCGCUGAAUCGACUGUGGACCAAUGGACGCACCCGCCUUUUAGCGGCUUCUUCGACGGAAAAUACAUUUGGGGCCGCGGAUCUGCUGACUGCAAAAACAACCUCGUAGGCAUUCUGGAGGCCGUCGAGUUGCUCAUAGAUGCAGGAUUCCAGCCAAAAAGAACGUUGAUUCUAUCUUUUGGGUUUGAUGAAGAGACGUCCGGGAAAGAAGGGGCGCAGCACCUUGCAAAUGCAUUGAUUAGCCGUUAUGGAAAGAACGGAGGUGCAGUGAUCGUGGACGAAGGGGCUGGCUAUUCUACUAUUUGGGGUACCCCGUUUGCCCUCCCUGCGGUCGCUGAAAAGGGGUACAUCGACGUCGAAAUAAUAGUUCGCAUGCCGGGUGGUCAUUCUUCAAUUCCCCCAGUCCAUAAUGGUAUUGGCGUAAUUGCUGAACUCGCCAUGUUGAUUGAAGCGAAUCGUUAUGAGCCGCACUUACACACAGAGAACCCAUUUCUUGGACUUCUCCAAUGCGGUGCUGCGCACAGCCCGGAGUUCCCAUCCAAGUUAAAGAAGUUGCUUCCAUCGCACAAUGGAGCGGUUUGCAGCAAGAAGGAUAAGCUAGCUUUGGAAGCUGCAAAGGAGGGCGACAUGGUGAAAUACCUCUUCACGACGUCUGCUUCACCUGAUGUGAUCGGCGGCGGCGUCAAAAACAACGCGCUUCCCGAGCGCACUAGAUUGCUGGUCAAUCACCGAGUCAAUGUCGGCGACCAUACUUCUGAUGUCCAGGAAAGGUUGAAGAAGUUGGCCCAACAGGUUGCAGACAAGCACAACCUGACGGUUAAUGCAUUUGGCGACGUGGUAGAGACACCGCGAUCCAUUACACUCAACACCAACAAGGAUGUCCUCGAACCAGCCCCGGUAACACCCACAUCCGUUAACGGGGUCACUCCUUACUCGGUGCUAUCCGGAACAACUCGUGCACUCUACGGUGAAAAGCUUCUUAUGGCGCCGGGGCUUAGCACGGGAAAUACUGACACGCGAUUCUACUGGGACUUGACUCCACACAUCUUUCGAUUCGAGCCUGGUUGGGAUCCAGAAAAUGAGGGGUUCAGUGGCAUACACACUGUUGACGAGAAGAUAGGGGUCUUUGCGCAUAUCAAAGGCAUCCAGUGGUACAGCCUUUUCAUUAGGAACAUGGAUGAAACAGAAUUGGCAUGA